UUAGGCUUAUUUCUGGGAUUCAAUCAUACAGGGACAAUUUCAGUUGACUACAGUUAAAGAUUCAUGUUCAUUGUACUUGAAUUUUGAUCGUAGAUCUAAGACGACCCGGCCCAACAAAAUUCUCCUACGAAGUUGAUAUUGUGGACUCUCUCUCAGCCGCCGACUCGCUAAGGAUUCAGCCCAUCGAAGUACAAUCUACAUUUAAGGACUAAAAGCAGUUUAAGAGAUUUUAGAGGCUUCGGAAUUUCCGCUACCAUAGAGGUCUAAAAUUGAAGGUUUCAGUCAUUGUAAGAUUGACGCAGGUUUGUGCUCACUGUCACCAAGUUUCCGCGCUUCCGCUCGGGCGAUCGCCUCUUUUCAAUAUUUAUUACGGAUUUACUUUUUACAAUGCGUUCGUUCUCUUCUAUUGCCGCGAGUUCGCUAAAACAUUUCAGUUAUAAGGGAAAUUUCGUAAGGGACUGGUCUGUUUUGAUGAAAAACCCAAAGCUGUUUUGUCUAGCCCAAUAAAAAAUUUGAUGAUGAAGCAGAUUUUUUUCGCGGAAAAUUCUCCAUUAAACUGAGGAGUCGAAUCACGCUGGGAUAGAAUUCCAGUUAACGAAAUUGUAAUGUACGCGUAGGCACACACGUAAAAAAUCAGUGCAUUAUAUCUAUAAUUUGGCAGCCUACUAACGGAUAUGAGGAAAACCCCAGUAAAAACAACACAUAUCUGAUCAUCGAGAGAAAACUCUGAAACAAGUCGCGUGAUUUUAUGUUUUACCCGAAGACGAGCUAUCUUGAUUCUGAGGGUGUAAGGAGAGCGACCCGUUUUUCAAUGAGACUUACAUUCGGUUCGUAUUAUUUUGUGACGUGAUACUAGGUGACAUACCAUGCAGUAUGUGACACACGAGAGUUGAUUGGCUGACGAUUGCGUGAUAUGCGUCUGAGUGGGGUGGGAACACAGUUACAUAAUUAUAGCUGGAGGUAUUCACGAAAGAGAAGUUCAGUGGGGCUGGGAGGGGAGUUUUCCCUGAAACCUCUGUGACCUAUGAGAUUCUUAUUUAUGGUCCCUCUACUUUUCAGUUCCUCGUCAAGCUGCCUUUGCAACUUACAUACCUCUAUGUUUUUCUAGGACAUGUAUAUUAACAGGCUUCCACAGGAGUGCCUUGAACGCCUCUCUUGUUCGCUAAAAUAUGGUCCAUCAGUUGACUGGGAAGCCCUCGCUUUAGAGGGAUUUCCAUCCAUUUAUUCUAACCGUCUAAAGUUGGCGAAAAUAGGGAGCAGUCCCCACCCCGCGUCGGGAUUACUUGAUGAUCUUUGUUGUCGAGGUGUAAGCGUGGAAACUCUUCUAGAGGCCCUGAAAGUGAUUGGAAAUGCACGAGCCGUUUUUGUCAUCCUUGAAGAAGUUCCAGAGUUAGGGAAAAACCGUAUGGAUCGUGAGACAUCACCUCCCCCAGGAAUCUUCUCUAUGCAGCCUGAAGAGAACUACGAUACCACGGAACAAACCGAAACAUUGCGACGUCCCGCCCAAGAAACAAAGAUCGAGAAUCAAACGCCUUCCAGUCACCCAGUGAGCAAUACUUCAUUGAUGGAUUUGAACUACGAUACCACGGAACAAACCGAAACAUUGCGACGUCCCGUCCAAGAAACAAGGAUCGGGAAUCGAACGCCCUCCCGCCACCCAGCGAACAAUACUUUAUUGAUGGAUUUGAUAGGCGCCAUCUUUCCGUGCUUUGGCCAUUUUAAUCGUUUUUAUGAAGAUAACUUGUUUUACAAACACGUACAAUCUUAAACUGGAAAAGGCUUGUCGAAAGUGUAGUCUUUUUUGGAUUAAAUUGCGAUAUCAAAUAACAGUAGAAAUUUUUGAGUUAGUGCUUAUGGGUGGCAACACCUUAACUUACCUUACCUGAGGUCAAAGCAAAGCUUUCAAUGUGUAGAGCCUUGUAGUGCUGCCGGAUUUGUUGUGUAUACUCCACACAUUCCCGGUUUGCGCAUCGUUGGAGAUGUAUAAAAAAAUUUAAAAUCUAGAAAUAGUGUUUGAAUUUAGCCUUAAAUAUCAACUCAAAUCAAGUCACGCUAGCUAUAAUAGAUCAUGCAACCAUGUGGAGAACGUUUUCUUAUAAUGUAGCAGCCUUAAUUAAUUUUUGGAAGGUUGAAUUAACUUGAAGUGUUUUUAAUUGUGUACACUCAGACUGUGUUAUUGAUAUGUUCUGUUGCAAAGGAACCUUGUGAUUUUUUUGUCAAAUAAAAACUGAUUACAUUAGUGCGA